UCUAAGUUGCAAAAUGGCGGACGGGUAGCGAAGUUUUAUUGUUUCAAGAAUCUACAUGACAUUAUUGCAUUUGAUUUAAAUAUGUCACAAUCGAGAGAUCGCUUGAARCGUCUGGAAGAAAUCGAGCGUGAAAUCGUUACUGUUUUGAAAAGUGCUGGUGAGACGCUGUCGGAACUGUCAAAGGAUGCCCCAUCUGACGAUGUUGUGAAUGCUAGAGCAGCGCAGUUUGUCAAAUCACUUGAGCUGGUUGAAAAAGGUUUAUCAGAGCAAAUAAGUUAUUUGACGCAAGUUGCUACUGGACAACCCCACGAAGGCUCAACAUAUGGAGUAGUCAAGGACUUUGAACUUUCAUGCACAAGGGCUGCAGUAGUACAAGAAAAACUUGAUGAACUAAAGAAAAUCAUUCAAAAACAUGAAGUCUCCAAAACAUUAUAGUUCUAUAUUGUACUAGAUAUUAUGUAACUUUAAGAUGAAUGGCUACAAUAGUUGUUAAUAAAAUGUAGAUUUUUGAAA